AUGUCAAUCGAGGCAGUGUCAACGUUGUGGGAAGAAUCAUACCAUAGUAUGUCGAGUGGUAUUCGAAGCAUGUUUCAGAUGUGGGGACACUGGACAUUUUAUCUGGGAUUGUCCAUUGAUGACCAGAUAGCCUGUACAAACAGAGGAUCUGCUAUGGUACCUCAGAGAGGUAGGGGAAGAGGUCAAGGAAGAAACCAGUCUAAGUUGUCCACUCAAUAUGAAAUACGUUCAACAGCUCGAGUCUACAAUAUUAAGAAUAAUGAAGAUCGUAAUGAUCCGGAGAUCAUUGCAAAAUUUGCCUACAACAAUAGCUACCACUCGAGCAAUAAGAUGGCUCCCUAUGAAGCUUUAUACAGGAGAAAAUGUCGUACACCAUUGAAUUGGUACGAGCUUAAGGAUCGGAACGUUCUUGGUCCUGACUUGAUCAAGGAGAAAGUGUUACGUUUUGGCCGGAAAGGAAAACUUAGCACUAGAUUCAUUGGCCCAUACAAUAUUGUUAAGAGAGUGGGACUAGUAGCAUAUCAGUUAGCUUUGCCACCAGAAAUGGAGAACAUUCAUAAUGCUUUUCAUGUUUCCAUGCUUAGAAGAUAUCAUUCUGAUGCUUCUCAUAUCAUUACGCCGGAAGAGAUUAACAUUCAACCAGAUUUAACUUAUAAAGAAGAACCGGUGAAAAUUUUAGGUCAUGGAGUUAAGGAACUUAGGAACAAGAAGAUUUCGUUAGUGAAAGUUUUGUGGAGGAAUCACAAAGUAAAGGAAGAAACAUGGGAACUUGAGGAUUAUAUGCGUAGACAAUUUCCCCACCUCUUUGUGCUGUGA